AUGAACCGUGCACGAAAGACGAGCAGUUGCGGAUGCUUCCGAAGCGCGUUUUGCGUGCUGAAGCCGUCGACGUCGUCCGGACACCACGCGGACACCGAAAAGAAGUUGUUGUCGGCGCGGACGAGCGCGGCGAGGGACGAUGAACCGGUAGGUGGCAGAGUUGAGCGGAAGAACUCAACGGAAGAAUUUUUAUCUUUUUUGGAAAAUUUUUUCAUGAAAUGUGAACAACUGACGAAAUGUAGAGCAAAGUGAACUCUGCGCAUAGAAAAAUAAUUGUGAAUUUAGCGAUUCAUACAAAAAAGUUAUUCGAGUUUUUCCGUGAAAAUGUCUUUCCGUUUUCGGUUAGCCCUUAACUUUUUUGUAUGAAUCGCUAAAUUUACAAUUAUUUUUCUAUGCGCAGAGUUCACUUUGCUCUACAUUUCGUCAGUUGAUCGCAUUCCAUGAAAAAAUUUUCUAAAAAAGAUAAAAAUUCUUGCGUUGAGCUCUUCCGCUCAACUCUGGUAGGUGGUGGUCGAGGAGAAAGUUAGGCCAGCUACUACUCGAUUUCAGACGUCGCCACCGUCGCGUCCGCUCAAAAUCCCGCCGCUCGACCUGAACGGCGUGGAAGCAAACGAGAAACGCCACGUGACACAGGUUGUGUGUGAGUUUCACAUGUGCACCAGUGUUGAGCGGACUUCCGUCUUCCGUCUUCCGGAAAAAAUUCGCCGUACCGUAAAAGAGUAAUAGCUUUUUAGAAGCAAUUUACUAGCCCCGAAGAACGCGAAUCCAAAAUUUUUGUUGUUUAGUUAUUUUUUUCAAAAAAAAAAACCGGAGAAAAAGGUUCUGUAUUGACGCUGUUUUUGUUCCGUCUUCCGUCUUCCGUCUUCCGGGAAAAACGUUUUCUUCCGUCUUCCGUCUGCCGUCUUCCGUAAAAAAAAUUCUUUUGUCUUCCGUCUUCCGGUUUCCGUGUUCCGUAAAAAAAAAUGUUCUUCCGUCUGCCGUCUUCCGUCUUCCGGAUUUCAAAAUUCCAUUUCCGCUCAACUCUGAUGUGCACUAGGCUAUGCAGUACAAGUGUUGUCUAUUCGAACCGAUAUACCUCAGCAGCGGUGGGAGCUAUCAAAAAGUGGUCAACUGAGAAAAUGUACAAAAUGUUUUGAGGAGCAAAACAUCAGUUGACAAUUUCUUGAUAUCUCUGCAGACUCUCGAGAUGUACACUUUUGAAUGGACCGUACCCUCAUUUCCGACUCUUCGCGCUCAUCCAUUCACACUUCCCCCCCACCCCCGGAAUAGAUUGCUUCAUGUCCAUCUCUUUCUUUCCAACAAAUCCAAUCAAAAAACUUCUUCUCGCUCUUCUUCUUCUUCUUCUUCUUCUUCUUCUUCUUCUUCUUGACAUCUUCUGUGAAGGCAGCGUGUGUCUCUUCAGAAGACGUCGUAAGUCAAUCAGAGGAUGGGGGAGGGGGGGGGGACAUCCAAUAUCACUUCUUCUCUUGACAUUUUGUCAAGAAUAGAAUGAGACAGAGAGAGAGAGAAAGAGAGAGAGAGAAAGAGCGGAACUUGUCGAGCGCUCUUUUUUUUCACAUUUCUAGUGUUUUUGUGUCUAGUACGCACGCUUCGUGUUCAACACCAACUACAGUAGGUCAACGCUGUUAGUCAUACAAUAGUACAAGUGACAAACUCGCCCGUCAACCCUCCCUAUGAUUAUGAUUGGCAUUUUGGAUGAAAUUCGUCGACUCAAAAGUUCACCACCUUUUCUCGAAGCCACUUUUGUUUUUGCGUGAGUAUUAGCCUACAUCUCCUCGCUUUUUCACUUGUACAUUGAUAGUAUCAGGUUGAGAAAGUGAGUUCAUUGUAUCGGUUCAGUACUCAAAAACUUGCCAAACAGGAGAAGCUAACCGAAAUUGGCUGAUUUUGAGUGUGCCUACAGUAUCCCAAGUUAUUUCCGUAAUCAUCUUUUCGCUUGACUUUCAAAAAUCUCGAGGGAUCUCUCUUUCUCUCUCUCUCUCUCUCUCUCUCUCUCUCUCUCUCUCGAUACAAUUAGAUGGGUAUUCAGUGUCGCACCCGCCUACAAUUGCCCUUUGAUCCUUUCAUCCAUAACAACUCUCUUUUCUCCUACUCGUUCUCCUACAUCUUUGAUCUUUUCUCUCUCUCUCUCUCUCUCUCUCUCUCUCUUUCACUCUCUCUUUCAGAAUCACCGCUCCUUAUGCGUGGUGAUAGCGGUGGAGACGAAGAGGAGACAAACUAUCCGCCGCAAAUGUUUGUGUUUUCGGCGAUGACGUUGCCGCCGAGCACCUCUUCGAAUGACGGAUUCAUCAGAGGUUCGACGAUGCGAUGGUCCGACAAAGCGCGAAAAGUUAGGCGCCUGCGCGCAUAGAGAGGCGAUGGCCUAGAAUCCGACACUGGAAGAAGUUAGGCCAUGAGCGCGUUCUGUCUGAAACUAGGUGGCCUAGGAACCGAUAAUAGACGGCCGCAAACUGGGCUCCGGAAAAUGAGGCCACCGCCCCUUCCCUAAUUGUGUCGCUUUUCAGUAGACGGCCUACAACGACCGAGAAGUCUGCUGCGGAAGCAGAAGGACGGCACGGACACGGGCGCCACGUCAUCCGGCGGCUCGCCCCAACGAAACAAGAGUUUCGACAACUCGGCCGCGCUGGAAUCGAUCGAAAAGUGA